AUGGCGGGCGGCGGCGCAAGGACGCAGAAGAACAAGGCACACAAGUCGCGCUUCGGCGCCAAGAGCCAACGCGCGUUGCACAAGGUCGCCAAGGCGUCAGACGGCGGAGCAGCAGGGGCAGCGCGCGGGGGCGCGAAGGGCAAGGGGAAGGGCCACGGCGCCGUCGCGAAGGCGGAGAGGCUCAACCGCAACAAGCUGCUGCGGGACAGCAAGCGAGCAAGUGUGCUGGCGGCCAAGCGGGCGCUCUCUGCUUCCUCCACGCCGCCCCGUCUCGUGCUUCUGAUUGGUUUAUCUCGCCAGGUGGACGUGGCUCACCUGGCAGAUACGUUCGUUGAGGCAUGCGCUGCCUCAGGUGCCUCUCAGUCUGCAGGCCCCCAAGCAGCAGCAGGGCAGGGAAUGGAAGUGGAAGGGGGCCAUGCGGAGGGCAAUGGGAGGGCGCAGGGAAUUGGGGGGGUGCGCCUGGUGGCUCUGCCCAAGCUCAGGGCGCGCUUUGCUGUCGUGCCGUGCCCUCCAGGGGAUCUGCUGCGAUGCCUCGAGCUCAUCAAGAUUGCAGACGUGGUAAUCUUCGCAUCUACAAUCGCCCCCAUCGACCCACCCCCCCCCUCCACACCAUCAGCCCACUCCACCUCCUCCCUCCACACCCACACCACCUCACACUCCCACACUCAUUCCCUGCGCACCACCACCACCAACAAAUCCUCCUCCUCAUCCCCCUCUGCUGCAUCCUACAUUGACGACUGGGGGCGCUCGGCCCUCUCUGUGGCCCGCGCGCAGGGCUUGCCUCUCCAGGUCGCUCUCGCCUCCAGCCUCUCCUCCCCUGCCUCCUCAUCUGUAUCUUCACUUUUUGGAGCUUCCAUGCUCCCGUUGAGCCAGCAGCAAGAGGGCCAGGGGGGACAGCAGAAGGCGGGAGGCGGGGAGGGGAAGCGGCACGGGGAGCAGAGGAAGGGCGCUCUGGCGGUGCUGGGAGGGGAGUUUCCCAAGGGCACGUGCCAUGUGUUUGCCGUCGACUCACUGGCUGAGAUGGCACCGGUGGUGCGACACAUAGCAGAGCACCGCCCCGUCACUCCUGGCUGGCGCACUCACCGCCCCUACCUCGUGGCACACAAUUUUGACUUCGACCCCGGCGCAGCCGACGCAGGCACGGCAGCAGCCACUAAGAGCGUGCCAUGUGGCACGUUGCGGGUGGUGGGCUACGUGCGCGGCCACGGGAUCAACGUGAAUCAGUUGGUGCACAUCACAGGAGUGGGAGACUUUCAGCUGGCCAAGUCCCCAAGUGCCCAAGUGCACAUCACAGGAGUAGGGCACUUUCAGCUGGCCCACCAAAUCGACCAGGUGCCCAAUGCCUGUGCUGCUGGCAAUCGCUCACAUUCCUCCUAUUCUCGCACCCAAUCAGCCCUCCCCCCCUCUCCUCUCCCUGCGCAGGUGCACAUCACAGGAGUGGGAGACUUUCAGCUCGCUCAAAUCGACCAAGUGCCCGAUCCUUGUGCUGCUGGCGAGCAUGGGCGAGCGGGGGGGAGGGGCGGUGGGAGCAAGGGGAAGGAGAAGAGGAAAGGGGGGAAGACGCAAGAGGGAAUGGAGGUAGAGGAGGGAGAGGAGGGAGAGGAGGGGGAGGAGGGGGAGGUGGAGGAAGAGGGGGAGGAGGAGGAGGGGGGAGUGAGGGUGCUGGCUCGGUCGAGUGCUGAGCUGAGGGAUCCCCUUGUGGUUCUCAACACACUUGACCCGCUGGCCGGCGAACAGACAUGGCCGACAGAGGAAGAAAUGGCAGCAGCAGAGGCGGAGGAGAGGAAGAGAGCGGAGAGCAAAGCCCUGGGCGGGGGAGGAGGGAAGGAGGGCAAGGGUGGGGCCAGGCGCAUUCGUGUGCCGAAAGGAACCUCCAGUUAUCAGGCGGCAUGGAUGCAAGGUGGUGACGAGGAGGAGAGCGAGGGGGAAGAGGAGAGCGAGGGGGAAGAGGAGGAUGGGGAGGAGGAAGGAGAGGAGGCGAUGGAGGAGGGAGAGGAGAGGGAUGGGGGGGAACAGGGUGGAGUCGAGGAGGAGGAGGGGUCUGGGAGUGAUUGGGAGGAGGUGGAUGAGGAUGAGGGUGUGGGAGGAGAACGGCUAGAGGGAGGCAGCUCCCACGAUGGGCUCAUGGUGUGUGUGUGCUGCUUCCAUGGUUCCAUGCCAUGUGUUGUGCCUCCCUACGGCUCCCUGCGUAGCACCUCCAUCCCUUCCCUUCCGCCUCUCAUCCACCUUUCACCCUCCACCUUUCGUCCACUUUCUCCUGUGUUUGUGGAGGAGGAUGAUGCAGAGGGGGAGGCAGAGAAGAGGGCGCGAGCACAGUGGGAGGAGAUGAAGCGACUGAGGACACAGCAGCAGGAGGACCAGGAGUUCCCUGACGAGGUGGACACGCCGGACGACAUCCCGGCGCGGCAGCGCUUUGCCAAGUACCGCGGGCUCAAGUCCUUCCGCUCCUCGCCGUGGGACCCAAAGGAGUCUCUCCCCCCCGAGUACGCGCGCAUUUUCUCCUUUGACAACUGGAAGAGGACGCAGAAGGCCGCGGAGGAGCGGGCGGCAGCAGUGGACCGGGGCGAGGUGCCUGGGUCAGUUGGGGCGGGGACGUUUGUCAAGUUGCACAUUAUGAACGUGCCAUGCUUCGAAGCAGAGCGUCUGCAGCACGAGACGGCCAAUCGUGGGCUGCCACUGGUCGUGACGGGGCUGCUGCAGCACGAGGUGCGCAUGACAGUGCUGCACUUCUCAGUCAAGAAGGCCGACUGCUUCGCCGCCCCCAUCAAGUCCAAGCAGCGCCUCCUCUUCCACUGCGGCUUCCGACGGUUUUACACUCGCCCCACCUUCUCAACGGACGACAUCAAUCUCGACAAGCACAAGUUCGAGCGCUUCCUGCACCCGGGAAGGUUCGCGGUAGCUUCCAUCUUCGCGCCCACGCUCUUCCCGCCGCUCCCUCUCCUCGUCUUCGCUGACCCGUCUGCGGCCAAUCAGCAUGCAGGAGACGGUGUGGGGGGAGGGAGUGUAGGAGGGAGUGUGGUGGGGGGGAGUGUGGUGGGGGAGGGGGAGGAGCUACAGCUGGCGGCAACGGGGGCUUUAAGAGGGCCGGACCCUGAUCGAAUCAUCCUGAAGAAGAUUGUGCUGUCGGGCUACCCCGUGUCAGUGAUGAAGCGCAAGGCAGUGGUGCGCUACAUGUUCCACCAGCCAGAGGAUGGCAGAUGGUUCCAGCCAGUGGAGCUCUUUACCAAGUACGGCCGGAGGGGCCGCAUUCGCGAGCCUGUGGGCACCAAAGGAGCAAUCAAGUGUGUGUUCGAUGGGGUGGUGCAGCAGCGCGAUGCCGUCUGCAUGGCCCUCUACAAGCGAGUCUACCCCAAGUUCCCCGUCCUGCCAGCCUCCCUUUGA